AUGGAGCCCAUGGCAGGACACUGGACCUUGGCUCUCCUGGCAGGCAGCAUAUUCAUGAGCAACUGCCUGGCGGUGCCCACCCAGUGCCACUUCAACGCCCAAGCGCUGUGUGAGUACGGGGGGAAGCACUACUCCCUCGGUGAAGCCUGGACAGAGAGCGGGUGCCUCCACUGUACCUGCCUGUACCCCAUGGGCGUUGGCUGCUGCGAAAUGCUCCAGCGGCCGGUGGACUUCCCAGCGUGGUGCGAGGUUCGAGUGGAGACGGAGACCUGCAAGGUGACUGUCGUCCAGAGAGCGGACCCCCGGCUGCCCUGUUUCCCGGGACAGGAGGGUAACCUGGACCCAAGCCACGGAUCACUCAACACCAGGCUGGGAGGGUAA